UCCACCUUCCUGCGCUUUGCUCCGGGAAACGCUGGAUUUUAAACCUCUCCCCGCCCGGCAGUGAGUGGGGAAGGAGGAGGAAGACAUGGCCCAGGCCAAAAUGCACCACCCCGUCUCUUGGGUGAUCUUCGCCGGGAUGGCCGCGCUCCUCCUCUCCCAAGGAGUGCCCGUGCGCAGCGGAGAUGCCACCUUCCCCAAAGCCAUGGACAACGUGACAGUGCGGCAAGGGGAGAGCGCCACGCUCAGGUGCUCCGUGGACAACCGAGUCACCCGAGUGGCCUGGCUGAACCGCAGCAGCAUCCUCUAUGCUGGCAAUGACAAGUGGUGCUUGGACCCUCGGGUGGUGCUCCUGGCCAACACCAAGACCCAGUACAGCAUCCAGAUCCAGGAUGUGGACGUGUACGAUGAGGGCCCCUACACCUGCUCCGUGCAGACAGACAAUCACCCCAAGACGGCGCGCGUCCACCUCAUCGUGCAAGUGUCUCCGAAAAUCGUCGAGAUCUCUUCUGACAUCUCCAUCAACGAGGGCGGCAACGUCAGCCUCACCUGCAUAGCCACGGGCAGGCCAGAUCCAACAAUCACCUGGAGACAUAUCUCACCCAAAGCCGUGGGCUUCAUCAGCGAGGACGAGUACCUGGAGAUCACGGGCAUCACGCGGGAGCAGUCGGGCGAGUACGAGUGCAGCGCCUCCAACGACGUCUCAGCGCCCGUCGUCCAGCGAGUCAAAGUCACCGUCAACUACCCACCGUACAUCUCGGAUGCCAAGAGCAGCGGGGUGCCAGUGGGGCAGAAGGGCAUCCUGCUGUGUGAAGCCUCCGCUGUCCCCUCCGCCGACUUCCAGUGGUACAAAGACGACAAGCGGCUGGCUGAAGGGCAGAAAGGGCUGAAAGUGGAGAACAAAGCCUUCUUCUCCAGGCUGACUUUCUUCAACGUCUCUGAGCAGGACUAUGGGAACUACACCUGUGUAGCCUCCAACCAGUUAGGGAACACCAACGCCAGCAUGAUCCUCUACGAAGAGACAACUACCGCUCUGACACCCUGGAAAGGCCCCGGCGCGGUGCACGACGGGAACAACGGCGCGUGGCGACGAGGGGGCUGCGGGUGGCUCCUGGUCCUGCCGCUCGCCCAACUCGCCCGCCAGUUUUGACCCGAGAGCCGGCCCGCGGAGUAGCGGCGGCGACGACCACGGCCAGCGAGCGCAAGCGGAAAGGAGAGGAGGAGGAAGAAGAAGAAGAAGAAGAAGUGUUCACCGUUUCCGAAAAUAAUCAUAAGAAUUGAGAGAGUAUCCGGCCAGGCCACCCUGGGGGAGGGGGAAGAGAGGAAAAACAUGCAAAAAAACCCACCAAACCACCGAACAAGAAAAAAGGAAAAAAAAAAAAAAACCAAGAAAAAAAAACACAAUGGGAAUUUGGAGAGAAAAGGGGAAAAAAUAAUAAUAAUCCAAGGCUUCCUGCUGAAGACGCAACGCGACUGAGUCUUUUUCUUUUCACCCUAUUUUUUUUUUUUUUUGGGGGGGGGGAGUCUCCCACCCCUUUUUUUUUCCCCUCCCCGGUCUUCACCGUUCUCUGCCUCGGGCCAGCGCAGAGGAUGGACGGGGCCAUCGGAGUGUGGUGCUUCCCCCCCUGCCCCGUCCGUGUCACCACCCCAGCCCGCCUGCUCCCUCCCAUGGGACCCUCCAUCCGGACACACCAGUUUUCUCCUCUGACAAGAUUUCCCCUCUUCUCAUGGACUGUGCCGCCAUUUGUGUGUUUCAGAAAAUAUAUAUAUAUAUGUAUAUACCCAGGUAUACAUAUAUGUAUAUGUAUAGAUAUAUAGAUCUUCAACAGUUACCACGCCGCCACGAAGGGAAAGGGAGGAAGGAGACCGGCGUCGAGCCACGCUUUCAUUGUACCAUCCGCGGACAUCGUGAAUGAUAAGGGAUUCUGAGUCAUGGUUAAUUUUAUUAAUUGUAUUUUCUGAUACGAGCCUAGAACUCUUAGUUCCUAAAAAA